AUGAAGCCAUUCGCCCUGCUGACAGCCUCUGUGCUGCUGGGCAGUGCCUCGGCCGAGGUCCACAAGCUCAAGCUGAACAAGGUCCCUCUGUCCGAGCAGCUGCACCACCAUGACAUGGAAUCCCAGUUGCACGCUUUGGGCCAGAAGUACAUGGGGCGCCCGAACAUGCCCGACGACAUGUUCCAAGACACCUCCCUGAAGGCGUCCGCGGGCCACGACGUGCUGGUGGACAACUUUCUGAACGCACAGUACUACUCCGAGAUCACCCUCGGGACUCCCCCUCAGACCUUCAAGGUCGUUCUCGAUACCGGAAGCUCGAACCUGUGGGUUCCUUCUUCCGAGUGCAGCUCCAUUGCCUGCUUCCUUCACAGCAAGUAUGACUCGUCGUCGUCGAGCACCUACAAGAAGAACGGCACCGAGUUCUCCAUCCGCUACGGCUCGGGUAGCCUGAGCGGUUUCGUGUCUCAGGAUGUGCUGCAGAUUGGCGACUUGAAGAUUAAGAACCAGGACUUUGCUGAGGCUACUAGCGAGCCUGGCCUGGCCUUUGCUUUCGGUCGCUUCGACGGUAUUCUGGGUCUGGGAUACGACACCAUCUCUGUAAACAAGAUGGUCCCUCCCUUCUACAACAUGCUGAACCAGAAGCUGCUGGACGAGCCCCUGUUUGCCUUUUACUUGGGCAAUGCCAACAAGGAGGGUGAUAACUCCGAGGCUACCUUUGGCGGCGUGGACAAGAACCAUUACACUGGAGAGUUGAUCAAGAUCCCCCUCCGUCGCAAGGCCUACUGGGAGGUGGACUUCAAUGCCAUCGCCCUGGGCGACAAUGUUGCCGAGCUGGACAACACUGGUGUUAUCCUUGACACUGGUACUUCCCUCAUUGCUCUGCCCUCGACUCUUGCCGAGCUUCUUAACAAGGAGAUUGGCGCCAAGAAGGGCUUCACAGGCCAGUACACCGUGGAGUGUGACAAGCGUGACUCGCUGCCCGACCUCACCUUCACCCUUGCCGGCCACAACUUCACCAUUGGCCCCUACGACUACGUCCUGGAGGUUCAGGGCUCUUGCAUCUCCAGCUUCAUGGGCAUGGACUUCCCUGAGCCCGUGGGCCCCCUGGCCAUCCUGGGUGACUCGUUCCUCCGCCAGUGGUACAGUGUCUACGACCUAGGCAACAGCGCGGUCGGUCUCGCCAAGGCCAAAUAA